ACUAUGUUCAUCACUUCAUGAUCGCUCAUAAAAACAAACUUUAGUUGAGUUCUAAAUCUGACUGGACGACCUGACACAACUCGGUGCAAAGUUCAACAAACUCUCACGGCCUUGUGGCACUCGUUCAGGAAAGCAAGGUUGCCAGCAGCAUUAUGCCUUUUAAAGAGUUCACGCUUGAUGAUAUCGCUAAGCAUAACAAGGAAGGGGACCUCUGGAUUGUCAUAGACUCUAAAGUUUAUGACCUAUCCCGCUUCGCAGACCUUCACCCAGGAGGCGCAGGCGUGCUGUAUACCGAUAGCGUUGCUGGGAAGGAUGCUACUCAGGUGUUCUUCGGACUUCACAGACUUGAGGUUCUUCAACGCCCUCAGUAUGCCCGUCUCCAAAUAGGAGCCAUUCGCGGACAGACUGAAAACAUCAAGCCUCUUGGUCCUGGGGAGCUGUCUCUUGUGCCCUAUGCUGAGCCCACGUGGCUCACACCUGGAUACUUCAGCCCUUACUAUAGUGAUAACCACCGCAAAUUCCACAAGGCUAUGAGGGCAUUCUUGAUGGAGUUCGUACAACCUGAGGCAGUUAGAUGCGAGGAAAAUGGGAAGAAGAUAUCGCAAGAAGUCGUGGAUAAAUUAAGCGAGAUAAAUUUCCUGGCUAUGCGCCUAGGACCAGGCAAGCACCUCAAGGGACUUACCUUGAUGGGUGGCAUCGUGAAGCCUGAAGAAUACGACUACUUCCAUGAACUCAUUCUUAACACUGAGAUUGCGCGGUUUGGCACACGAGCAUUCGUGGACGGCCUCCUGAAUGGCGGGGUUAUUGCCCUCCCUCCCAUUAUUAAUUUCGGAACUCCGGAACAACGAGCCAAGUUUGUACCCGACAUUCUGGCUGGCAAGAAGUACAUCUCCCUUGCUAUCUCGGAAGCGUUUGCAGGCAGCGACGUCAACGGCGCGCAAACUGUUGCAGUGAGAGACGGUGAUGAGUGGGUUGUCACUGGAACUAAGAAGUGGAUAACAAAUGGGACCUUUUCGGAUUACUUCACGACACUAUGUAAAACAGACGCCGGGUUUGUUGUUUUGCUCGUUGAGCGCUCGGAUGCUGUAUCCACUAAACCGGUGAAAACGUCAUACUCCUCAACUGCUGGAACUGCAUUUGUCACAUUUGACAAGGCACGCGUGCCGGUUGCCAAUACCUUGGGUCAAGUCGGGAAAGGCAUAUCGAUUAUCUUUAGCAACUUCAAUCAUGAGCGGUGGAUGGUCACCGCCUCGAGUCUUGGUGCGCAAAGACUUGUGGUUGAAGAGUGUUUGAAGUGGACGAACCAACGGAUUGCCUUUGGGAAACCUCUUCAUGCUCAGGCAGUUAUCCGCGCUAAACUUGCGGCAAUGAUUGCUCGCGUGGAAGCCAGCCAAGCAUGGGUAGAGAACAUCACGCAUCAAAUGAAUAAUAUGUCCUAUGACGAACAAUCCGACAAACUCGCUGGGCCUAUUGGAUUGCUCAAACAAUUUGUAUCAAAGGCUGGUCGUGAAACCGCCCAGGAUGCAACUCAGAUUUUCGGUGGUCGGGGUAUCACCGUCACGGGUAUGGGCAAGAUCGUUGAGAACUACCAUCGCACGUCACCUUUUGAUGCCAUUCUUGCGGGUGCAGAAGAUGUGCUGGGGGAUCUUGGUGUGCGGCAGGCUAUUAAGAGGAUGCCUAAGAAUGCCCGGCUGUGAACAUUCUCGUACUGGGCGCUGAGUUUCUGCUGUUUAAUUGCUACUUUUGUUCAUGGGGUCUUAGAUUGAUGUCUUAUGGUCGUGUCGGUUGCGUACCACAGGGAUUUUGGACAUGCUCUCAUUUAGUCAGGCGUGUUAUAUCAGUAAAAUCUGUGAAUAGAAGAAGUUCGCAUACUUUGUACAUUGUACAGCACCUGUACA